AUGAUAAAAAUAUUAACUCUCCUUCACGAGCAAGCAAGAACAGAAAAUCCUAUAUUUGGUAGAAAUAAAUUAUUUUAUUUCAAUUAUUUUUUAUAUAUAGUCUUUAUAUAUAAUUAUUAAUUAUUUACUUAAAGCUUAAGCAAUUUCUGUUAAAUAUUAUAGUAUGUGUUCUAAAACAUAAAUUUUAUACAUUAAAUUACAUUAUUCAACAAACUUAAAAAAAAAACUCUAUUAUGAAAUAAAAAAUUAGCCACUCUUUAUGAGCAAUAAAAAAAACUUAAUUGUUCGGAAAGUAAGCAGAUUAUCAUCAACAGCAAAAUCCAAAGUUUUUGAUGUGAAUUACGCAAUUGAUGAUUUUUCUGAUUUCCCUAUAAAGUAUCAUAAAAAUAUCCCAAAUCUCGAAGAUGUUAAAGUUAAGGAUUACCUUUACAGGCCAAGCGAUGUUGAAGGGAUUAAAUUGGCGCAUGACUCUUUUAUGACUCUAUUAGUGGAAGGAAAAUAUGCAGAACUUGAAGAUAUGACAGAGCACAAUUUUUUUAUUAAACUUAAAGAAAUAUGUGAAAAAUAUAAGAAACUAGGCUACACAUUCCAAAAAAUAGGAAAUUCUGAUGAUGCAGCAGUAAAAAUUAUAGGUGUCAGCUACUUUUCUGGAGGUGUAACCCCAUACAGAAAUUUAAAUUUGUCUGAAAAAAGCUAUUAUCAGCAGCCUUUAAUUGACCCUGUCUCAAAAGCCCCAGUUGGUGUCUUUUUCAGAACAAGAAACCCCAAAUCUCCUCCAAAAGAUUUUUCAAAGUUUAAUGACUUAGAUCUAAAAGCAUUAAAUGCCUCAGAUCCUUCACAAUACCAAGACAAGCUAGAAGAGUUAGCAACUUUAUUCCAAUGGUAUCCUUUAAGAAUCAAAGCAAUUGAUGCUGGGAUAGUCAGUUCCUGCAAACUUGUAGUGCUUGAUAAGAAAGGCAAGCCAGUGUAUGGAGAAUUUGAUGAAGAAUUAAAAGUAUUUAGGUUGUUUAGAAUGGAAACUAUUAUUGAGAUGAAAGGGUGGCUAACGGCAUUUUGGAAUUGGAAGACUGGAAUAAAGACGUUUAUAGAUGAGCAAUUCAAAGGGAUGGUUGGGCAAUAUUAUAUUGUGGAUGUUGAUGGAUUUGCUGAUGGAAAUCCAUACACAUAUUAA